AUGCCGAGGAAAGCAGGUCUUGCGCAGCAUCUGCUCGCUUUGUCACGGCGCGAAGCACAAGCAAAGAGAAAUCAGACACGCAAGUUGUGGCCAACGGUAACAGUUGAGUCAAGUCAGGCCAAGCUAGUUGGCUCUGGCAACCCCGGCCAAGCCGUUGGUACAGCAGAUGGGCCGCCUCAAGCGCAGCCACGGCGACUAAAUCAGGCAGGACAUGCUUCCGCGCCUGAAGCGCCUCAAACUCGGCGCGACUCUUGUCAAAGCAUGACUUAUGACUUCAUGUCCAACAUCACAUUUGCGUGUGUGCAUGUACGCCUGCUGGUUGAUGUGUUUCACAAUAUCUAUGCGCACCUGUACGCAAUUAGGCCGUCAAACUCUCCGGAAGCAGAGUUGCAUGAAAAACUGCCUUCACGAAGGCCUCGGUACGGGACUUUUUGCCAUCAGCAAACCUUUGACCCGCGAUCUCACACGCGUUAUAAGAAGUCGCGUCCUACAGCCACACGCCAGGCCGACUCGAACCGUACGGAUGUACCGACUGGAAUCCCACUCUGCCACAGUCUUGAUCCCUUAUUAGGCUUGUUGUCUCCUCUCUCCCCCUCUCCCUCUCCCUCUCCCUCUCAAUCUCUCCUUCUCGUUCGUCUGUCGACGUCUUCCUUCACUUCUCAUCGCGCAGACGUGGACGGCCCCGACCAACGACCUUCGAGAGAGGCUUUGCAGACUUUGGUUUUGUGUUAUUUCAGCUGCCGCCGGCUCAAUUCUGCCCGAAAAAGGGCACCCCAAAUCGCCAUGCCUCUGUUGGUCCACCAAGCGGGAUCGCGAUUUCUGCCUGUACCCCCUCGCCGCAGCGAAGGAGGUAGGCCAAAGGUGGGGGACGAUCGGCUUGGCAGACCCCUUUUCUUCGAGACCCGGUGGUUAAUGGGUCGCUUUGCGCCGCAGGUCCGAGUCCGCUCACGGCGCGUCGGAGUCGGCCGUCGGGGCUUGACGCUGCGGCCACGUGGGAACGCGAAAAGUCCACACCCCGACUCUCGCUCGGCUCCCGAUAGGCUCGGUAACACGACGCAACGCAAACACACAAGCUCUCGCUCUCUCUCCCUACAAUCUGUGUUAUUUCAAGCGACAGCCGAGAGAGCGUGUUUUACCGACCAUCUUCCAGAAGAGUCUGGGAGAGAUAUUGAGUUACAGGUCGUUCCUUUAAUUGAUGGCGAUGUAGAAAUAACGCCCAGGAACAAAAGAGUGAAAAACAGGAUAGGGAAACUGGAAGAUGAGGACGAAAUGGUGUUGACGGCAGACAAAGGAGGAGCAGUGGUAGUCAUGGGUUGGUUGAGUUCUGUAUAA